AUGACCUCGGUCCAGACACGCGACCUCAACACGACUUCGCCGCGAUUCCAGGAGGCCAAGGCCAAGUCGGCUGAGGCCGAGGCCGGUGCCUCCUCCGAGAGGCAGCAGCAGGAAUCCACGACGGACGACAAGGAGUCCUCCGAGUCUAAGUCGGAAGAGGGCAAGGAGGGGGAUGACGGAAAGGAGAAGAAGGAGAAGAAGGAGGACCUGCCUCCCCCUCCCCCCCACGGCGACAAGACACCUUGGCAGGUCUUCAUGGAGACGAUGAACACCGAGUUCCAGGCCUCCAAGGAGUGGAACGAGUCCACCAAGCAGAUUGGAGCUGCCGCCCACCAGUUCAGCGAGAGCGAGUCAGUCCGGCGCGCCCGCGAGGCAUACGAGAAGUCGACUGGCGUCGUGUCGUCGACGGCUUCGACCGCCAUCAAGUCGACGGCCAGCGCCCUCGGCAAGGGCGCCGCCUGGACCUGGGACACGUCAGUUGUCAAGGGCGUGCGUAAGGCUGCCAACGUCACCGGCGACGUCGUGGACAAGGCUACCAAACCUAUCCGUGACACCGAGGCUUACAGGAACGUCAAGAACGUCAUCGACGACGGUAGCUCUUCGCGCUACGGUGGUUGGAUCGAGAAGGAAGAGCGUCGCAAGAAGCGUGAGCUCAUGGAGAAGCAGCGCGGAAACGGCGGCAAGGUGAUGCAAGAGGAUCCCGAGGCCGGAACCAACAUCACGCUUCACAAGGAUGCUGCAUGGAAGGAGGCCUGGAGGGAUUUCCGCGACCAAAACUCGUUUGUCCAGGGUGUCUUUGGCCUCAAGGGCAAGUACGAGGAGUCGGAGAACCCUCUGGUAUCGACGGCGCGCAGCAUCACGGACCGAAUCGGCAGCUUCUUUGCCGAGAACGAGACGGCGACGGUGAUCAAGCAGUUCCGAUCUAUGGACCCCAGCUUCCAGACCGAGUCGUUCCUUCAGGAGCUCCGCGAGUACAUACUGCCCGAGGUGCUAGAGGCCUAUGUCAAGGGCAACACGGAGACGCUUAAGCUGUGGCUGUCGGCGGCGCAGUUUUCCGUCUACGAGGCGCUGACCAAGCAGUACUUGCAGGCUGGCAUGAAGUCUGACGGACGCAUCCUCGACAUCCGCAACGUCGACAUCCUCCGCGCCCGCAUGCUCGACCCGGGAGACAUUCCUGUCUUCAUCAUCACCUGCCGCACGCAGGAGGUCCACGUGUACCGCAACGCCAAGACGAACAAGCUGGCUGCUGGUAUGGAGGACAAGGUGCAGCUGGUGACGUACGCCAUCGGCAUCACUCGUGUGCCCGAGGACGUCAACAACCCGGAGACGAGGGGAUGGCGUCUGAUUGAGAUGCAAAAGAGUGGCCGUGACUGGUACUAG